AGAAAAGUCUCUCAGUUCAGCAGCUGAUAGACGGACAGGAGAUGUUGGUUCUGGUUCUGGUCGUUGUGCUUCAGCUUGAAGGAACCAGAGGAGAGCUUUAUCUCUACCACGCAGAUCGGGAUGAUGUUGUUCUGCCUUGUAACAGUCCUUCAUCAUUUCCCUCGUGCUCCAAUGUUUCCUGGUCUUACAACAGAGAUGAAAAUACUCAGCAGGUUUGGAACGAAGCAGCUGCUCAGAGAUCGCAUCGAUCUUCCAGGUUAGAUGUGGACAGUAACUGCUCUCUGAUCAUCAAAGACAUCGAUCCUGAUUAUGCUGGAUUGUACACCUGUCAACCUGGUUCAGGAACCUCCUCAGAGGGCCGGGUGUAUCUGAAUCUUUUGCUCAUUGAUCUACCUCAACAAAAUGUCUUUUCAACAAAGGAUGAUUUGACAUUACACUGCUCUCUGGUGAGAUACAGUGGGUUGGAUCCUUGUCCAGAGAACAGUUUCCGCUGGUUGGAUGAGACGGGAACUGAACUGACUGAAGGUGUUAGAAACGAGGAAAGAGAAGAGGAGGUCUGUGUUUCCUCUCUAACUGUGAAGCGUCAGAGCGACAACAACAGAAGAUUCACCUGCCAGUUUGUUGAAGGAAACACAAUGAAGGUUGAAGCUCACUACCCACAUUGGUUUGACACAGUUAACAGAAGAAAACCAGUCCACAUCUACCACACAGCUGGAGAUGUUGCUGUUUUACCUUGUAAUGGACCUUCGUCAUCCGGCUCAUGCUCGUCUGUUAACUGGAUUUAUGAGAAAAAUGAAAACAUGAAUAAUCAGCAGAAAGUUCAGAGAGGAAUCGUUCAGAGUUCACCUCGUUCUGCCAGGCUGAGUUUGGACAGAAACUGUUCUCUGAUCAUCAACAACAUCAUGGCUGAGGAUGCUGGACGUUACCACUGCCAGGCUCAAGAUGAAAGCACUUAUAACACAGAUCUAUAUCUAAAUCUGCUGAUCRUCUCUUCAUCUCCACCAGCUGCUGAUCCAACAAAGAACGGAGAAAUCACAUUGUACUGUUCUCUGGUGAAACACAGCCGGUUGGAUUCCUGCCCGGGUAAAAGUCUCCUUUGGUUGGAUGAGACAGGAACUGAACCGACUGGUGAAGAUGGUGGAUACAAGUCUGGAGGCCAGACUGGUUGUGUUUCCUAUCUGACUGUGAAUCUUCAGAGCAGCAGAAGAUUCACCUGCCAGUUUGCUGAAGGAAACACGGUUGAGAUAAAAGCUCACUACCAAGCUGAAGGCCCCCCCGCCUCGUCUCUGAGCGUCAUCAUGCUGAUUCUGAAGAUCGCAGGACUGAUCCUGAUGGUUGGAGUCACUGUUGGUAUCAUCAGAACCACCGGAAGAAAAAAGCCUCAGAAAGACAUCAAUGUUUGUUUUGCUGCUGACGACGACACAGUGAAUUAUGAAAAUGAUGAACGUUCUGCUGACUCCGCACUCCGCUGAGCUUCAUCACAUCCAUGAUGAUUCGUUAAACAAAGAUUAA